CAUCGGUGGGAAAUUUGACAGUGCGCGAACGAUUGUUGUUCACAAUCGACCGAUUUUUUUGUUGGUUUUUUUUUUUUUUUUUUAACUCUAAGCAGAGAUAAGCGCUGAUUUUACUGACAUGCGAUAUGGACCGGUACGUGUUGGUUUUAUCAUAUUGCCAAACUGAUGACGGCCUGGCGGAGGAUUAUAAAUACCUGGAGCCCGUAAAGCAGAUACAUGACAGACUCGUGGACAUCGCAACUCAGGAAGCAGUGAGAGGGAUCUCUGUGUUUCCAGCUUGUUCUCUCAGUGGCAGCCCAUCAGUUCAGAGGUGGUACUUCGCUGUUCAGGCAUGCCAAGGAGCUGUGCAGUUUUGCAGCUCAGACUGGGAAGAGCUGGGGACGGGCCACCAGAAAACUGAUAGUGAGGAGGAGAAGUCUUCUGCUGUGGAGUCAUGUCUCAGUUCUCUGAAUAAUCAGGAAGCGGCAGACCAGAGGGCGGACCAGGCAGCACUGACAGAGCUGUUAGAGGAGGCAGCAGAAGGACUCCACCUACUGUCAGACAAGCUCCCACCUCCAGGUAAAGCCUUGCUGGAUGUGCUGGUGUUGGGCUCUGCAGAGCAGUCUCCUCCAAUCAAAGACCUGCUGCCUCUGCUGGGAGCCCUCAAACACAUGUCCUGCUGGCACACUGCUAAGAUCACUGUAGUCACAAAACACACUACUGGGUGGCAGAAAGCAGCAUCCUACCUGAGUGCCAGCCUGGUGGAGCCCGCUAAUCUAGACAGCUGUAUAGACCACAGAGAACUAUGGAGGGGCGGUCUGGUCAUCAGAGAGAAAAAGUAUGUGUCAGAGCUCCGUUUCGAUCGCUUUUCUUUGCGCUCUCCGGUGCAUCAGAUAUCAGGGUCCAGUCCCUUGGAAGCUCCAUACACCACUACAGACCACAAACUACAGUCUCAGGUCUUCCAUUACUACACACCAGCUUUAGAUUUGGUUCAGCUGGUUAAUCUGUCAGACCUGCCCAACUUUCUGAUGUCUGGAACCCAGUUUGAUCUAAGUGUGUCUGGGAAAUCACUAAAAGCUAAACUACUGCUGGACCAGCUGAGGUCUCUGCGUGGAAAGGUUGGAGCAUUGUUUAGCCUCUCCUGUAUAAUCACCCCCAUCUCCCAGCCCCCAGCCAGCCAGCUCAGCUCCCAGCGCUGGAGAGAGUCGAUAGCCAAGAAACCAAAGUCCUUACCUGUGCCUGACGUAGAGGUGAAAGGUGAGAACGCUCACUAUUUCCUCUUGGUCCAGGGCUCAGACGACGUCAGGUGUGGAGCCUGCAGGGUCAGGAUGUUGCACUCGGACAAUCAAAUCAACGGAGCGGCUGCCAUGGCAACUGUCUCUGGGUUGCUGAGGGAGAAGUCUCUGUCAUCAUCAGGAGGAGCUGUAGGCAACAUCCUCAGCCCUCUGCCCUGUUUCCAAGGAGACGGCCUCCUGAAGAGAGAGAGAAAGGUGACCCAGGUCCAGACACUGGUACUCAAAGAAUAUCUCAGAAGGAAAGAGGAAACGUCAACCUCAACCUCAAUACCCGCAAAUGACUUGAAGGUCAUUCUGAGUCUGGCCAGGGAACAGUAUCUAAAGAUGAUUGACUCCACUCUGCCCUCUGCUGCCUCCUGUCUGACAGACGGGGUGGAGGGCAUGGCCACCAAGAACCCAGGUUUUCAGGCAGUUACCCACCUGCAGUCUGACUGGCCUGAGAGAAGCGUCCUCCACAACAUCGAGAACCUGCAGAGGAGACGACAGAAAAGGAGGUUUGGCCUGUUGGGUCCAGGCUCCAGUGACAGUCUGCUGGGUCCUAAAGACAGUCAAAAGGGCUCUGCUGCUUUACUGGAUGCCAAAGAACUUCUGAAACACUUCACAUCUGAUGGCCUGCCUACUGCAGAGCUACAACCACUGACUAUCAAUAGAGGUAGUAAUGUGUUUCAGUUGUCACCAGACCUCUCUCCCAGGACAAUCAGCCGGAUGCCCUUCAACAGAGCCUCAGCAUCACAUUACCAUGGCAUAGAGUUCUGUCUGGACAACCAGCAGUCUUUGGACCGGGACCAGGCUUUUGUGAAACUCCAGUCUCGUCUCAUUCGCUACGAGACCCAAACAACCUGCUCCAAGGAGCCCUGUGCCCUCCCCUUUGCCCUCAGCCCCGCUCCCUCCCCGGCUAUGAUGUCAGAACCAGGAAGUGUUCCCGAUGGAGAGACUCUGCAGAAUGCUGAUGUAGCACGACUCAAGCGCAGGUCGUGGGACACGGACGUUAUCGGAGGUCAUCCUCGCAAGAGGCUGGUGAAGUCGGAGAGCAGCGACUCUCUCUGUUCUCAGAGCAGUGGCAGCAGUGGGACACACCCCGCCGUCAGGAUUCUACGACAACAACCGAGCAGAUCUCAGUCCACAUCCUCCUCCAACAGCCCUGCAUCCUCAUCCGCAGCACGACGGACAUCCUCAGGUUUAGCAACACUUCUGUCUGCUGACAAAGUUAAAGCUCCACUGCAGAAGACACAUGAUGGACAAAAAGAGGACAAAGCUGCCAAAGAGUCACGCUCCCAGAAGCACAACAGAAUGCUGCUGGAGGUGGUAGCUAAAACGCUCAAACAGCACGGGAUCAGUGCCGAGCAUGAGUGCUUUGAGGCCUGCAGCAAAAGACUGUUUGAUAUCUCCAAAUUCUACCUCAAGGAUCUGAAGACAUCUCGGGGUCUCCAUGACGAGAUGAAGAAGGCAGCCACCAGCAACGUCAAACAGGUCAUUGACUGGGUGUUGGAGAAAACCUCAAAGAAGUGAAGACUUAAGUCUUAAGGAACAAGUGGAACAAAUGUCUAUUUCAACCUCUCAACCAGAUUUCCACACAUUUAUACAAGUGUUCACUUUUUAAGCCUUCCUAAUUAGUUUUAAAUUGUUACAUUAAGCCUGUUUUAAUGAGCUUAAUCCUUUAUUUAAUUUUAUCGUUUCUUCACUAAGGCCAUAACAAAGCAACAUAUUCUUUUUUUGUCUGUGUUUUGUGUCUUUCUUUUUAAUCUUGUGUCUUUUCUGAUACACUCCCACUGCUCCUGAGCCUUCCAACAGAAGUACACUCUGCUCUGGCUGCAGUCACUGAGAGGCCACGAGGGCUUCGACGUUGGCUUCAGGUUUCAGUGGUCUUUUUCUUUGUAGCUGCUUUCAAGCGCGGUUUUAAAACUUUUCCCACUUGUUCAUUUUGUUUCUAACUACAGUGAUCAUUUUAUAGCUUCAUGAAUGUGCAUAUUUUAUCUUUAGUUGUAACACAAUAAAGUGUUUUUGAGUCUUU